AUGUCUGUCAACCUCCGGUAUCCAACGUUUUCGGGCAUCGUUUUCUUGGCGCUGGCAUUUGCUCUUUUGGUUUAUGUUACAUUUGAUACACUGGUCCAAAGCGACACAAAUGGACAAUCUGACCAACGCUACCUGAAACAAAUUGAGCCUUACGACUUUGACCAUAAUGAUGAGAGAUAUCUUGAGUGGCUUGGAAGCAUUGUGCAUCCUAUUGUGGGACCUGCGGUGAAAUUAUUCGAGGAUACCGCACUGCGGCUUACUAUCCACGAAGAGGAAUUCAUAACUCACUUGUUUGCCGAACACAAUAUCGAUCCUCUCCGAGAGAAAUUUGUAGAGAGUGCUGAAUUUCUUUCAGUUGCAGACAAGAUCAUGAACACGUUUUUCUUUAAAGAACAAUCCAUCAAGGCGAUUUUUGACGGACUCAGUCGUGCGGCCGGCGAAAGUAAGGAUAAAAUGCUUGUAUUCUUAGCUUGGAGCAUUGGAGAGUUCAAGGCAAAAAGCGAAUUCAAGAUUAUUGAACGGCAUUUUGAAUAUCCACAAGACAGUAGAAAUUACGCAGAAAAACUCGAAAAGGAGAAGGCUUUCAAUCGCUUGAGAGAUAUUGUUCUCUCAUUUGAACCGUAUCUUCUUGAAACGUGGAGAAAAAUGGGUUUGACAUCAGAGAAGGUUAGAGAACACUUACAUUUGGAUCCAAGAAGUGCGAAUUUUGUGAAGGAUCCAAAUUUGCCUCUGUACAAGAACUAUCUCGCCAUUGCACCCCCUUACGAAUAUCCAAAUCCAAUCAAGACUUUGCUGUUCCAGAUGGAGAUCAUGGGCCUGAACCAGCAUGAAAUUGUUUCAAGGUUACUUGAUGCUGAAGCAGUUACCAAACCCGACUCGAUUGCAGGACAAAUGUUGAAUCACAUGUUCUUGGACUGGGAUAAACGAUCAAUACAAUAUGCCGAACUCUACAGGAUUUUAGUACCGAGUCUCAUCAUCGACGAGAAGAGUGUUGUGAAUGGGAUUUUAAGAGUGUGGAUCUUGUACUUUAGCAGACACAAGACUAUUGAUCUCUAUGAGGAGUUGGCUCGGGUGAUUGUGACUUCUAGACUAAUUGAAAGUGAUACCGGAGUUGAGUUGGUAGCAAUACCGAAGAAUUCUAACAACUUCAUACCACCCAUCCCUGAACGAGAUUUUCAGCUGGCGGACACACUUGCUUCAAAAGUUUUUGGAAGUCGUAAGGAGUUCGUGACCCCGAAAGGUGAAAAUGACGUAAAGGUUGUGGUUGAAAAAAAGGCUGGAGACGAAGAGAUGUUAUUUACGCAAAAGCUCUUUAAAGGAUUGCGCAUGUAUUGGAGUCAUUGUGGUCUUUCUCCCUAUCAACUCUUCGAUCUCAUGAAAUUGAACGAAUUGACGCACGCACAACUUUUGAGCAACCCUCAUCUCUGGACUUUUAUGGUCUACACGACUGAGCAUGUCCAGUCAUUUGAUGAGAGAGGAAAUCAGAUGAUGAUGACAUUGGAAACGAGAUUGAAUGACGAAGAAAUUGCGAGAUUGAUUACAGUGAUGAGGGCCGAAGACAAAGAUAUUUUUCUUCCGCUUUUAAAGCGUGUGACUGAUCGUUGGAAUGAACGUGGCAAGUCCUUCCACGAUCUCUUUAUGACUCUUGGGUUGAAGAAAGAUCCUUUGUCGAAUAGCAAUAUAGUCCUCGUGUUCUGUUACUAUCGCCAGUAUGGUCAUCCCGCCAUUUUAAAUAUUUUGUUGCUUCGCAAGUUUCUAGAGACACAAUAUCCGGGAGAAGAUCUUGAGAAAGUAAUCUUAGAACGAAUGAUUUCGACAGAAGGCUAUCACCGCAAGGUCUUAUUUCAAAUUUUAAUUUCAUCUUGGUUGAAUGAGGGUCGUCUUGAAGAGCCUUUUGUAUCAGUCGAAGGUGAGCUUCAAGGUAAAUUGCAAAAAGCUUACGCAAAGGCUGUGAAUACUGCCGUAAGGAAAGAAGAAUUCGGGUUGGAUUUAAAGUUUGACGAGUCUCAACUCCAAGUGGCGUUUUUACAAAGUGCUUCGAAGAUGAAGAUUGCGCUGACUCACUCAAAGAACGAGAAAAUUACCAGGCUGAAGCCAAAGAUUGAUUAG